AAUUCUGAAAAAAUUGUGAAUCAGUUUCAUUUAACAAAAAUCAAGAAUUCAUUUUAUAAAAUUCUAAAACUAUGGGUUUCUCGUCGGCCCUACAGGGCCGUGCCGCGCACGAGGCAUUAAUCGUACGUCAAGAUGCCGAACUACGUCUCAUGGAGACCAUGAAACGAUCCAUACAAUUGAAAGCCAAAUGCGAUCGGGAAUAUGCAAUCGGUUUGGCUGCGGUUGCACAACAGGGUUUGAAAACUGAUCGCGCUGAUGAAAUGCAAGGCAGCCUUAUAACAAAGGCCUGGCGCUCCUAUAUGGAUGAAUUGGAUCAUCAAGCAAAGCAAUUCAAAAGCAAUGCAGAACUACUUGAAGUCGUCUGCGAAAAGCUGACACAUUUAUCACAAGAUAAACGUAAAGCACGCAAAGCUUAUCAAGAGGAGCAUGCCAAGAUUGCAGCGCGCCUAAAUCAUCUCACAGACGAAGUGGUACGUAAGAAAGGUGAAUACCAAAAGCAUCUAGAGGGUUAUAAAGCGCUACGCACACGUUUUGAGGAACACUACAUAAAAUCUGGUCGUGGUGGUCGAAAAUUGGAUGAUGUACGCGAUAAAUAUCAGAAAGCCUGCCGCAAACUACAUCUCACACACAACGAAUAUGUGCUCUCCAUAACCGAAGCUGUUGAGGUAGAGAAAGACUUCCGUACGGUAUUGUUACCCGGACUGCUGGAGCAUCAACAAUCUGUGCAGGAGAGUUUCAUCUUACUAUGGAAGAAUAUACUGCAAGAGACCAGCCAACAUGGCGAUCUCACAUCGGACAAGUUUAAGGAAAUACAAAAACGCAUCGACAAUGUGAUAAACAGCAUAAAUCCCAGUGAGGAAUAUCGGGAGUUUACCGAGAAACACAAAACCUCCCCUACCACACCGUUAGUAUUCCAAUUCGACGACGCACUCAUCGAGGACAUCCCGGGCAAAUUGCAAUCAAAUACACUCACAGUUGAUAAUCUCACCGUCGAUUGGUUGCGUUCGCGUCUCAUCGACUUGGAAAUGUCCGUGAAGGAGUGUCAAGAGAAGCAACUGAAAAUGAUCGAGCAAGCGAAUGGCGGUUCGCCGAUAGCGAAUGGUAGCAUAACACGUAACGGUAGCACGGCCAGCAAUGGCAUACAAUCGCCGAAGGAUAGUCAAAAUAGACAGUCGAAGGACCUCAAUGCGCUGCGUUGUCAAGAGAAACAAAAACAAAAAUUGGUGGAUAUGAUCAAAUGUGCAUUGAAUGAAAUUGGCUGCGAAGAGUUGCCAUCUGGCUGUGAUGAUCAUUUGGAACAGAAUUUCAUAGAGAAUAGUUUUAAUAAUGACCAACAGAACUCGACAGCCUCUACAAAUUCCACCGGCGUAAGUAUUAUGAACGAGCUACGACGUCGCGGUGGCGUACUCACAUUGCUACGCGGUCGACCCUUUAAACGCAAAUCGACACCACAACCGACCACGCCCACCGCGAAUCGUCAGCGCACGCAACGUUUCAACAAACUACAACCGCGCUCCCAAAGUCUCGGAUCAUUGUCGGUAAAUACCAGUCCCGCGAAAUAUGAGCCCAUUACUAAUCCUUUACGCAUGGCUGCCAGCCUUGAAGCUAACACCAGCUACGGUCUGCAUGAUUUCGAUCCCGAUUCCGUGAUCAUGUUCGAUCGUGGCGCUGCUAAUGCUAAAAUGUUUCCCAAACUGCGUCGUACGCAGUUAUCAAUGUUGUGUUUGAAUGAGGAGGAUGCGCCUACCGCUUUUGUUAUAUCCAUUGAUACUAACCCGAAUGAGUCUGAUUUAAAUGAUCAUACAAACAACAUCAACAACAACAAUAAUAAUAAUAUUUAUGCCGAUUUGUUAGGUGGCUGUGAGUCAUUGGGGGGUGAUUGUGAUAGUGUUAGAAGUGGUGAGUUGGCAUUGCGACGACAGGAAAAUGUGAAGAUCGAAAUCAAUCAAACGGUGAAGAGCUCAAUAGAUGCGCACUUGGACAAGAUCGAUGAAUUGAAUCGCACCUUAGACGAUCGAUUGAAGCGCAAUUUGCCGCAAACUACAGCCACGCGACCACAAUUGAACUUCGAUGCGAUCGAAUCGGCCGAUGCGGCGGCAGUUACAACGCGUACGAAAAAUGGCGAUGAACCAGACGUGCAUAGCUCCUCUAAGCGCUCGUCCAGCUCGAGUUCGGACUGUCGCACAUGUGCGACGCGCAAAGAAAAGGACAGUGAUGGCGGCAGCGGCAGUAAUAGCAAAAAACGCUCCGUCUCUUUCUCGCAAAAGUCCAUAAACGCCAUAAUGACUAACCUCAAAGAGUUCACCAAAAAAAAUGCCAUGCAGAAAGUGCCAAAGACAACUAUUACUUUAGUGGAAUAUAAAGAGAAUAGCGAUCAGUUUGAGCUAAUCGAUCCCGAACUCGGCAAGUCAACGCAAAGUAAUGGACGCGCAACAGAGUGUGCAGACAAGCUCAAUGCAGCCGAAAGUGCAGCUACAAAACUCACACCAGCAACAAGCGCGGACACCGAAACGAAGUGCAAAGCUAAUGGUAGUGUUAACAAAGAAAAGUCCGCCAGUAACAAUAACAACAACCACACAACAGAUAACACAAAUACGCCUACUGCGCCAGCAGAUACAACAAAUCCGUCCAAAACCGAGCCACUAGCCAUGACCGCUAAGCUGCGCCUCAAAGUGCCCAAAAUACAAAAGAAAUCCAAAGCCCUACGUCAGACAUUCCGUGCCAAGUUGUUAAAUUUCCAAAUUAAACGCGAUAAAAUCUGUAAACAAUGCACCAAACGACGGCGCGUACAUCCGUCAAAGAACGUCUUCGAUUUCAGCAAAGAUUUUGGUUUCAAACGAGACGAAGUCAACGCUGCAGAGAACUGCGAAGCGAGCAAUGAGGACUUCUGUACUUGUCCACCGGAGAAGAACUUGAAUAAGGCCAGCUUUAUAGAGCCCGCCGCCACUCACUUCGAUUCAACGAGCUCGGCUGAGGCUGAAGACGAAUUUAGCGGCGGUGAGGAUCAUAUCAGUCUCAAGGAUCACUGUUACAGCGUGCCCAGUCUGGCGAUGAGUAUGUCGCUCUCCACCAAUCGGCCACUCUACGAAGAGGAGUGGUUUCACGGCGUAUUGCCACGUGAAGAAGUCGUACGUCUACUCAAUAACGAUGGCGAUUUUCUGGUACGCGAAACGAUACGCAAUGAAGAGAGUCAAAUUGUGCUGAGUGUUUGUUGGAAUGGACACAAGCACUUCAUUGUACAGACAACCGUGGAUGGACAUUUCCGUUUCGAGGGACCACCAUUCCCCAGCAUUCAGGAACUGAUUAUGCAUCAAUAUCAAUCGGAGUUACCGGUCACAGUGAAAUCGGGUGCCAUCUUGCGACGUGCCAUUUGCCGUGAACGUUGGGAGUUGAGUAAUGAUGAUGUGGUGUUGUUGGAGAAGAUCGGCAGAGGCAACUUUGGCGAUGUCUAUAAGGCAAAGUUAAAGUCCACGAAACAAGAUGUCGCUGUGAAAACCUGUCGCAUGACUCUGCCGGAUGAGCAGAAACGUAAAUUCCUACAAGAGGGACGCAUUCUGAAGCAAUACGAUCAUCCGAAUAUUGUCAAAUUGAUUGGUAUUUGUGUGCAGAAGCAACCGAUUAUGAUUGUCAUGGAACUCGUGCCAGGCGGUUCUUUGCUCAAUUAUUUGCGUAAGAAUUCAAAUUCUCUGACUGCACGCCAACAGAUGGGCAUGUGCCGAGAUGCAGCGGCUGGCAUGCGCUAUUUGGAAUCGAAGAACUGUAUACAUCGUGAUCUCGCUGCACGCAAUUGUUUGGUUGAUUUUGAAAAUUCUGUAAAAAUCUCCGAUUUCGGAAUGUCACGUGAAGAGGAGGAAUAUAUCGUUUCCGAUGGCAUGAAACAGAUACCCGUCAAGUGGACAGCGCCGGAGGCAUUAAAUUUUGGCAAAUAUACCUCAUUGUGUGACGUUUGGUCUUACGGCAUUUUAAUGUGGGAAAUUUUCUCCAAAGGCGACACACCCUAUUCGGGUAUGAGUAAUUCGCGAGCACGUGAGAGAAUCGAUGCAGGCUAUCGCAUGCCCACACCGGAAAAUACACCACCCGAAAUGUAUCGGCUCAUGUUGAAAUGUUGGUCAGCUGAAGCGGAUGCACGACCGCAUUUCGAUGAAAUCUACAAUGUUGUCGAUGCACUGAUAAUACGUUUAGAUAAUAGUCAUUAAAUGCAAUAAAAUUAGAGAUAAUAAAUAUGUGUAUGUGGAUGUGUGUAAAGCAAGUAACCUAAAAAAAAAAAAUCAUAAGAUAUUUUCAUACGGUAUAUGUUUACAA